AGAUGUAGCUUGAAUGCCCCGUGGACGCACCAAAGGUGUUUUGCCUGGUGCUGCACAGAAUUAUACUUGCAGAGAAUGCGGCAAAACUUUAAGUUCAUCUUCGGCCUUACAAAAUCACGACCGAAUCCAUACUGGAAUUAAACCGUUUGCCUGUGACAUUUGCGGGAAGUCUUUUUCUCAAAGAUCAUCGCUUUCAGUCCACAAACAGACACAUAGCGGUAACAGACCUCAUGUAUGUGCUGUUUGUCGAAAAAGGUUCUAUCAGAGUUCAGACCUUAAGAGGCAUAUGCAGUCGCAUUUGAAACAGGUUGCCAAUAACAACUCUAAAUUCAUCAACUUAGGAAGUCAGCCUUGCUUGAAUGUAUCGAUCGAUUUGGAAAACCAUCAUAAUAUUGAAACUGACGCUUCGGUGACUGAAAACAGUGAGCAUCUUCCAUCUAAGGCUGCUAGUGAUGGAACGUUUUCUACCCAGAGAGCUUCGCCAGCUCAAUAUUUGAACCCUGUGCAGGAAUUGAUCACUUCAAGUGGCUAUCAGGCCCUGAAAUCUUCAAGCGGAUUAAAUUUACACAUCGAUGAAAGGACUGAAAUUCUCAGAAGACACGGAGAUCUGUCAAACGAACCUCUGAAACUUAGUCCACCGGCUUCACAACAACUUGCUUCUGUUUCUGACGGAUUCACUGCGAUCACAAAGACAAAUGGAAUUCACUCCCCAAGUACAGUGAAUAGUACUGGGCCUUCAUCAAGUGCCUCAAAACAGAUACAGCUUUAUCCGUCUGCAUGUCAAGUACCCUUUAAUACUGCUAAGAUAGAGCACCCAAAUGCUUCAUGCAAGCAGCUAGUAAAUGUACCAGCUGUCAAAUUCAAUAAGAAUGCAGGGUCAAUGAAUUCUAACAAUUUGGAACGAACUCAAAAGUUGACAACUCUGCAGGUAGUCACCCGAAAAGAUGGAUACCAGCAGGCCUCGAAGUACGGAACGCAAAUAACACCAACUGGUGCACCCGAAGUCAGAUUCCAGUUGCCUCCUUCAAAUAACGAGGGACAAAAUCUACAGCACCUAGUAAAUGACAGCAGCUCGAAUAACUCUGAAGUACCGUCGCUCAUUUUUCGAGAGCAUCAGCAAACACCUCAGCUUGUCAACUCAUCGUCUGAAAGUUUGCAAUCUCUCCCUUUCUCGCAAUGUGUUUAUUUAACUUCAGCAAAUGAAAUCCCGAGGAGCUCGGGUAGUUUACUGCCAAAUCAAAAUGUAGUGCUUAGAAAUAUCGGGCCUGGUAACAAUUUAAGCCUUCGAUGUGUCCCUGUGAACAUAGUGCCUCGUGUCAUUCAUCCGCCUUCGCCGUCUAAAACUGUGAACGAAUCAAGUGCUACUGUGCAAUCAAUUGAACACCAAACAAACGAGAACUUUGGACCAAUGCUAACGCUGUCGCUCACUCCUUCAAUCAAACAUGUAAGCAGAACUCUGAUUGACAUAACCUCCUUCAGAGAACCCGAUCAUACCACCCUUUCGGAGAAUCUUCAAAGACAAUCUGAUGCACUGACAAAAUCUAUCACAAAUUUAGCUCCACUUGGCUCCUUUAUACAGUCGAAUUUCAACCUGAGUUCAAAUGAGUGCAAAAUGAAUACGCAGUCUAAAAACUUUGAUGCGAACUCGAGUUUGAGAAGUGCAAACAACCACGAGAUAAUUUUAAACGAUGGCCAGUACAGGCAAAUGGACGAAGUUGAUAUUGUUUUACGCCAGCAGCAUGACAUUGACAGAGCUAUAGGAACCGGAAAAUCCUCCACGGGCCAAUGUAAGCGAGAGAAUACGCAUCUAGGCCAGAUGGAAUACAGAAGGUUCGAAAGUGACACAAAACCUUAUCUACUUGAUGGCAGCAAUCAUGCAGCUCACAACAACAGUUCGCUUCCAAACUUGGACGAAGCAUUUCACCCGUCGAACUCACCUGUUAAUAAUAGUAAUAGUAAUCAACCUAUCCCUGUUCAGGGAUUCAUAACAAAUGGAAAUUCUACGAGCAAUCACCUGAUUGGCGAAAGUAGAAACGGGCCUAUUGUAAGUUGCUAUGAUACGUCUCGCUACGUUCAGAACUACCAGCCAAUACAAAUGGAUUUUGGAGAUGCUAGUGGCGAAAUGAACUCAUCUAACCAAGGUAUUCAGUUCAUGGCUCAUGAAAAUGAUUUGCCCUCCAUAAGUCCUGAAGAUUCGAUGUCGCAAAUGUCAAUGGUUUCUAAUUUCAACCAAAAUAACCAGAACUUAUAUGUCACGGAGAGUCCGAGAAUUGAGAAACCGGAUAGCACGACCAGCUACUCAUCUGUUGGACGAAACAUUUCGAUUGAUGGCAACAGCUCCUCUCAAUUACAGCAAAUGUCGGUGAUUGGAUAUCGAAAUAACAUAACCAACGGCGAGUCUUCCUUACAUAACAGCAGAAGUUCUUCGCCAAUGACGCCGCCGAAUACAGUUGCACCAGAGACAGAGGACAAUUCGCCACCCGGACCCAUAUACAGAGAAACUGCUCACAGUAUAUUUAGGUCUACUUGUGUAGAAAACGAUCAUGAGAGUGUUAACACUGCCGACGUGACUAGACCCAUGGGCUUAAAUGGGAAUGUGAUUCAACAGCAAAGUGGGUUUCCGAUUACAGAAGGGACUAAAAAGUACACGUUACCACCACGGUUUAUGGGAAAAAACAGUCGAUACUUUUGAUUUUUCAAGCAUGUACUAAUGCACACAAUGAUGGAUGUACCCUUCAAAACUUGCAUCCUCUGUUGAAAUUGAUUGAAAAUAUUUAUUUAAUUCUGAUUGAAAUUUUUGAAGACCGUUUGAGUGGUCUAUGAUAGCGUCCAACUAAUUUUAACUAUUUGCAGUUUUUUUUCGGUUGUUUUCAGAGCCGAUUGCGUGUUUCUAUGUGCUACUGGUUUUGGUGCUAAAGCCAAAUGUAUACAAUUUGAACCACUUUUAAAGGAGAUUGUCCGUUUUUAUACUGCAGGUUAUAAUAAUAAGUAAUGCUUCGAGAGGAGACGGGUGUCUCAAUUUUGUUAUCGUCAGGCGAUCAUUUUCAUCAAUUCUGAUUAACUGCAACAUAUUUUCAAUGGAUUAUGUAUUAUAACCUGCUUCUAAUUUGAUAAUUGGCAUGGAAUUGUUGCUGGAAGCAAAAAUGGAGUUGAAAUGACAGUUGAAUCAUUAUAAAGGAGCCAUUUUGGAAUUUUGAAAGAGUCAUUUGAGUUAUUUUGGCAGCUCGAGAAUUGACGUUUUAGGGAUUUGCUAUACAGCGCACGGUGGGGAUUCACAAGUACCAAAAUGAUAAAUCAGUCCCAUUUGUACCAAAAUAAAAAUCAAUCCCGUUAGUACCAAAAAAUAUUCAAUUGGACAAAGACUACUAAGCCGACUAUUUUAAGCGUUUGGUUUAAGGUCGCCGGUGGGCGCGCUACGCGCGCGUCGCUGCUUUGAGGCGAUAACCGGCUCUAAUUUUCGUAUAGAGUCCUACCCUCUGUUGGCAAGCUCGCAACACGUUGGCGCGACUGCGGCGGUCACUAUUCUGCUGUUUAGUUUUCUUCUGUUUGAACAGUAGAAAAUUAAUGAGAUAAUUCGUUGGCUCACAAUUCGACAAAUCAGAAAACGAGUACCGAUGGUACAGUACAAAUGGGACCGAUUUUUCAUUUUGGUACAAAUGAACGUUGGUACAAAUGUAACUUCACCCAGCGAACGACCCUCUUACUUUCAAUGUAUUUGAGAGUGAAUAGUUUCUGCGAUUCAACCUUCAACUUAGUUUCCCUUUUGUACAGUAGUGUAUCUCUUAAGUUUAUGAAUUGUACAGUACAACAAUGUAUUACUAUUAAUAGUCCAAAUCAUCAAUUAAUGGUCAGUCCGAGACUGAUUCCACUUCAUGCAAUUUGGACUGGGAAUAAUUAUAGUUGAUGAACACCAAUAACUGAAAAUAAAACGAAGGAAACAUACUCUUCAUAACGGUUUCAUAAUCAAAUCCACGGUUUCCUGAAUAUUGCAUUUCCAGUCCCGUUAAAAUUGGUAUUGAUGGUUUCCCAUUUUUGUAACAAUUGAAGUGCAAAUUAUCAGAAAUUUUGAUUAGCUUUCUUAAUUUAAAAUCGCUUUCCAAAUAUUUUUAAAUUUCUGUUUCGUGCAUCUGCUCUGUCAUUGAAUGACUUUUCUAUCAGCAUCAAUUUGUGCUAAUCGAAUUUUAUUUGAAUUAAACUGAUGAGAAAGUUUCACUCUAGGGCUGCGAAUGCAGCCAAUAAUAAAUUAAUUCUUUCGAUCUUG